UCAAAAGCGGUAGUGGAACAUGCGAAGUUUGCUUGGAGCUCGUCAGCAUUUCACCCGAUCGUCAAUUACGUUCACUACUUCUCAAUCUCAUUCAACAAAUCUUGGUUAUUGUCGCUUCCCUCUUCGUAACAGCUCCCGUGAUCUUCUCUCUCUCCGGACCUUUGCGACCAUAUCUACCGCCGACGAAUUCGUGAAGGGAUCCGUUCUACCGAAUGGACUUGCCGUCAUUACUCUCGAUCGGCCUAAGGCUCUCAACGCCAUGAACCUUGAUAUGGACAUCAAGUAUAAAAGUUAUCUUGAUGAAUGGGAAGCAGAUCCAAAGGUCAAAUGUGUUCUAGUUGAAAGCAGUUCCCCUCGAGCCUUUUCAGCAGGAAUGGAUAUAAAGGCGGUUGUUGCUGAGAUUCAAAGGGAAAAAUCGGGUGAUGUGAAGCAGAUAACGACCAAACUCCAUUUAUCAAACAUGAUUGAGGUAUUCACAGCAGAAUAUUCUUUGAUAUGUAAAAUCUCUGGGUACAAAAAGCCAUAUAUAAGCUUCAUGGAUGGAAUAACAAUGGGCUUUGGAAUUGGCCUAUCUGGACAUGGUCGGUACCGGCUAAUAACUGAGAGGACUGUCCUUGCAAUGCCAGAAAAUAGUAUUGGCUUGUUUCCAGAUGUUGGUUUUGCUCACAUAGCAGCACAAACUCCAGGAGAUGGAUCUAUUGGUGCUUAUCUUGCGUUGACUGCAACGAGAAUUUCUACACCAGCUGAUGCCCUAUACUUAGGUCUUGGCACUCAUUAUGUACCGUCUGGAAACUUGGCUUUGGUGAAGGAGGCUCUCUUGGCAGAAACAUUUUCACAAGAUCCCCAUCAGGAUGUGAGAGCCAUUUUGGGCAAGUAUAGCAGCGAUCCUGAUUCAGAGCCCAUAUUGAAGGCAAUUUUACCACAGAUAACUUCAUGCUUUGCUGCAAAUAGAUCUGUUAAUGAGAUAGUGGAAGAUCUCAAGAGACAUCAGCAAAGUAGUGAUAUUGCAACCUCCGAAUUUGCAAAAGAUGCUCUUGCUGGUAUUUUUAAAGGGGCUCCAUUUUCACUUUCCCUGACACAGAGACAUUUCUCUAAGGUUGCAUCUGCUCAUGGCAAGAAUGAAAAUGAACUUUCAAAUUUAACUGGUGUCAUGAAAAUUGAGUACCGCAUUGCUUUAAGGUCGUCUCUGCGAAGCGAUUUUGCUGAAGGUGUUAGGGCAGUAUUGGUGGACAAGGAUCAGAAUCCCAAAUGGAACCCACCAAGCCUCGACGAAGUCCACCUGGCUGAAGUCGAAGCAGUCUUUGAACCGUUGGGUGCAGAGGUUGAAGAACUCAUUGUUUGAUAUUAUUUUGAGUAACACCAUUCUCUUAUAGUGAACUUAUAUAGACAAUGCUUGUAUUAUUAGAAAAAAAAAAGUUAGAUUAUUUUGAAAUAACCCGAUCAAACAAGGCAUCGCGUUGGAUUAACUAAGUGUUCAGAAUUGUUUCUUUUAGAGU